AUGAGGAUCGGGGACUCUCUGUUGCGGGUACUGGCUCUGUCGAGUAUCGUGCAUUCGACGGAGUCCUUAGCAGAUGAGUCCUUAGCAGAUGAGUCCUUAGCAGAUGAGGUCUCUCUGGAUUCCCAGCUUGUAUUUGAUUCCGCAUUGGACUACGCGUUGGACUCUCCAGUUGAGUCGGCCGUGGACUCGGUGUUCGAUUAUCUCCGAGGGUAUGGCAACAAUGGCCGCACUACGUUUGGUGAACCUUUGUUCAGAGGUGAGGGUGUAUCUGUGCGGCGGAUAUCCCAAUGGGACCGUGUAUUGGCUGAAUAUUCCCGCGGGAAUGUAACAUUGGUGGCGCGUGGUGUGCGUCAUGAAAUGGCAACGGUAGAAUUAUUAAGGACGGCGAUUGACUGCGAGGGGGUAGUUUAUACGGCUCACGAUUCCAGUCGUGAAGUGGACUGUUUACUAGACGUGCUCCGUGCGGAAUGGGCGCAAGCAAAACAGCAUGUAUGUUUUUUCCGUCUGAAUAUUGACGUCCCCGUCAGCGUGUCUGGCGCUACUGUUUCACAACAAGUGCAACAAGAUUGGCGCCGUCGCACACGUAAUAAUCCUAUCGUACUUACUGACCGUUACAAGUCGGGUUUAUUACUCAUUGCCCUGAUCCGUAAAGGUGUCAUCAAACUGCCUGCUGGUAGUGUGGGGAAGCACCCAUGGAUCUUCUACAUCGAUGGCGAUGUGGGUAUGACAAAUGUGGAGCGUACCUUGCGGAAUCUCGUAACGAAUGUGGAACAGGCUGCACGGCACCUGACCAUGGAGGAACGCUUGUUGAAUAGAACGAUCGCGCAAGCGCCCGUCUCACGGGCCGCGGAUGCACCCGAACGUCGUGUAGACAUGGUGUUCCCACACGGUGACUGUUUGCUACCCACCUCUUACAGCCAGACCGGCACCUUGCUCAUUCGUCCCACCACACUCGCUGCAUUCGUUCUAGAAACUGUCGCCAACUCACCAUACCACGUACUCGAUACUUCCCGCUUCGCCAUGGGCGACCAAGCCGUUGUCGACACACUCCUCACCGCCAUGUUCGGCAUGCGCUGGACCGUACAUAACAACUACUGCAGAAACAGCAAAAACUUCAAACCUGGCUGCAACUUGCAAGAGCUGAGCUACUUCCGAACCAUCGACAAACGACUACCCGCCGGACCCAAGUCUAAAUGCCCAGCACAACUCUUCGAUAAUAACUCAAAGGACAUGAGAGGGGAGGAGAUCCAGGGUUUGUCGGAGGACUGUUGGAAUCAGUUUGAUGCGUUGCCUGCGCUAUUCCGACGGCACUACCGGCAAUGGUUUUUGGAGAAUGAAGAUGUCGAUGAAGACCAACCGUGGGUCGGUGGCUUGGCCUUCGCUUGCCCGCGUUGGACCAACUCACCCAUCUGCGAAGUACGACGCGCUCGCGGCCCAAGCUCGCCAUUCCAUUUCCGAUGUGGCGAUUUGCUUUUCCAUCUUUACGGCUGUAGCAAAAACUACAUCUUCGAUCCCAACUUCUUCGACUACAUCACAGCCGACCCCAAGUGCGAACAACUCAUGCCGCCUUCUGCCAUCGCCAUAUUUAACAAACACCGCGAAGAUACACACGGACAGGCGUCGGUAGGACAGGCAUCGGUAGGACAGGCAUCGGUAGGACAGGCGUCGGUAGGACAGGCGUCAGCAUCGGGAAUCGAACCGGUGACCGCUGCAUACCUAACCGUAAACCAGUGA